AAUGUCUGUGCAUCUUAUGGAGUGAGUCUGCUGUCUCUGGUUAUCUCCUGUACAAUGUCUGCAGUCUCUGGUCAUCUCCUCUUGUACUAUGUCUGCAGUCUCUGGUCAUCUCCUGUAGUACUGUAUGUCUGCAGUCUCUGGUCAUCUCCUGUACUAUGUCCGCAGUCUCUGGUCACCUCCUGUAGUAUAUAUGUCCGCAGUCUCUGGUCAUCUCCUGUACUAUGUCCGUCCGCAGUACUAUGGUCAUCAUCUCCUGUACUAUGUCUGCAGUCUCUGGUCAUCUCCUGUACU